AUGUUAAAGUACCCUGAAGAGGAGAUCCGGCAGAAAGUGGGAACUUUCCGACAGAUGCUGAUGGAAAAGGAGGGCGUGCUCACCCGCGAAGACCAGCAUGGGAGGCAGAUAGUGAUAGAAAACCAUCACAUGGUGGAUGGAGAGGAAUACGCCAUGGAGUACCCCGCCUACGGGGAGGGCUACCCCCUGCAGUGUGACUGUGCGACUGACUGCUAUCAAGAUGACAGCAGUCACCGAGAGUACAGGCUGAAGAGGCGGUCCAGCACUUCAACCUCUCCCCCACCCAAGAAGAAAAAGAAAAAGAAAUCGGGUCACCGCCGGAGCCGUGGCGAUAGCUCUUCUCCAAUCCGGAAGGAGAAGAAGAAAAAGACAGGGAAAAAGCAUAGGAGGGACAGGUCCAGAAGUCCCAAGAGCAAACGGAAAGAGAAAAACAAAAACCGCAAAAGGUCACACAGUGAAUCAUCUACCCAGCGGUCCCACAGGCACAGCAGCUGCAGUUCCCGGAGUGCCUCCCUCUCCUCAGGUUACAGCAACUGCAAAUCAACUAGUCGACUGAGCCCCAAGUACAGAGAGGAUGGCCAGAAGGCCAACAGCCAUCGGUCCAGCCGGAGUCCCUCCUCUUCUUGCAGUGGCCACAGCCGAUCAGCCACACCUCACCAAAACGGACACAAGGGCAGCACCCAGAAUGGCCGCCAUAGCCACGGUGCCCUAUCGGAGAAACAGCAGGAGAGGCUGGAUUCUGUAUCACCUUCGCCCAGGGUACACAUCAAGACCGAAGCGCCAUCGCCUCAUGCCAAAGCUGGCAGGGGGAGCAAGCAUGGCCUCAAGACCCCGCGGCAGUCCGCGUCACCAGGGAGGUGCUCGGGAGGAGAGAAGCACCUUCACAGGCGCCAUUCCAGAUCCGCUUCGAUGCCUAAGCACAAAGGGCGCGGCAGGGCAAAGGCCUCUGGCCCCAAGGACUCCCCACGUUCUGUCAGCCAAACGGGCUACAGCAGCGACUCAGAGGGCUCCACCAGCUCACAUCCAUACCACGCGGCAGCCGGGGUGGAAAAGAACCAUGGGGUGCACCUGAAGACAGAGAAAGACAACGAGCUGCGAACCCGGCACAGCGACACUGAACCGAACCGUGCCCGGCGCCGCUCCCGAAGCUAUUCCCCCAUCCGAAAGAGAAGGCGUGACUCUCCCAGCUUUAUGGAGCCCAGAAGGAUCACCAGUGCCCGCAAGCGUCCGAUCCCCUACUACCGGCCUAGCCCAUCAUCCUCCAGCUCGCUGAGCAGCUAUUCCUACAGCCGCAGCCGCAGCUAUGACAGCUACAGCCACAGCCGCAGCCGGACGCGCAGCCACAGUCGCAGCCCGAGCUACAACAGCUGCAGCAGCUCCGAGAGCACUGGCUUUUGA